AAAAAAACUUUUUGUUUUGUUUUUUCUGUCGACGAAUAAAAGCCAUGCUGCUAUACAAACCAUAUUUAUUGUUUAGAUGUAGAUCAGCCAGAGGAAACAUUAUGAUAAAAAUGUUGAGUCCAGUGCUGUUUAUACUCUUUCGGAGCAUCUCAUGACUCCAAUGAGGAGGAGGUGUUUCCCUGCAGAGCAGCAUCUUUCUGGGAUUAUUGGCCAGUCUAAAGCCAAACUCAUCCAUCUCAGACUGAAAAAUGUCUAACAUACAAGUAGCUGUUGCAACAGUUGGCCCUUUAGGAGACAAUCCAGUUCAGAUUGCCUGCCCAAAGUGCCACCAGACGGUCCUCUCCAAGGUGGAAUAUUCCUCUGGAUUACUCACCUACCUCUUCUGUGGAGGACUCUUUCUCUGCGGUUUUGUUUUAGGUUGCUGCCUCAUCCCGUUCUGUGUGGACCGUCUGAAAGAUGCCAAGCACACCUGCCCAACCUGCAAGACUGUCCUGGGAGUGUAUAAACGCCUAUAACCAAAUCUGCAGCUAUAAGCUGUCGGAUAGGUUAAAUGCAACCUGAUCUGAAAAAAAAGCAAAAAUAUUUUUUAAUUAAAUAAGAAUUGUAUUAAUUUCUAAAUUCCUAUUCCUUGUAAUGAAUGAGGGUGUACUAAAUGUGUGCUGCAGUUUCACCACUAGAUGUCAUCUGAGCCCAAAAAAUUGAGUUGUACCUGUUCAUAGAAACAUUAAAAAAAAUGUUUAAUUUAACUGAAGAAAUUAAACAACGAUAUUGAUACAUCUUUUCAAUCUUUUGAGAACAAGUAAACUGGGCAAAAUAAAUGCUUUUCAAAUAUUUGUAUUUCAUUAUUGAUCUAAAAAGUGAACCUUAAUAAAAGACACUGGAUUUAUUGGAAAAUACAGACAUUUGCAUUGUUUUAACCUGUCCAAAACACAUGACCUCACAGAUAAGUGUUUGCAUUAAACAGAUAUUUAUUAGUCAGUAUAAGUUUUAUCCUUCAAUUUUUACAGAAGCAAAAUGUAACAGGUUACAGAAAAGAAGCUAAAUCAAUGAUUUUAUUUUAAGUGUUCACAGAGCCAACCUUUACAUGAUGAAUCAUAAACAAAAUUAAUACCAGUAAUAAAAAGUACAUCUUUUAUUAAAUAAACCAAUAG